UCACCGGAGACAUCCAUGGGAGACAUGCUGCUCCAGGCUGGGCUGCUGCUGGACGACCCGGCGGGACGCGCCGCCCUCAGCUCGCCCGCACACGGCCCCUCCGAGGGCCGCAGCGUCAUCUGAAGCGAUGCAGGUGUCCAUGGAGGUGGGAAGCAGCACCAGCAGCUCUGAUGCUUCCGUGGUGCAGGUGUGCUUCCCCAGUGCUCAGGCCUCCGUGUUGGACAGUUUGAACCGGCAGAGGGAGGACGGCAGUCUCUGCGAUCUCUCUAUCCACGUCCAGGGGCACGUGUUCAAGGCCCACCGCUGCGUCCUGGCCGCGUCCUCGCCGUACUUCCAUGACCAGGUUCUGCUGAAGAACAUGUCCACCGUCUCCAUCCCGGCGGUGAUGGACCCGCUGGCCUUCGAGAGCGUGCUGAGCUGCGCCUACACCGGCCAGCUCCGGAUGGUGCGCGAGGACAUCGUCAACUACCUCACGGUGGGCAGCGUCCUGCAGAUGUGGCACAUCGUGGACAAAUGCACGGAGCUGCUGAAGGAGGGCCGGGCUGCGGCUGCAGGAGGCAGCGGCGGGGGAGGAGCCGCUCAGGACGGAGCCGCCGGGGACGCAGGGACGGCCAACCCCGGGUGCAGCAGCAGCAACCUCGACGGAGGUCCAGUUCACAGAGCAGGUGGGGGCAGCCAAGGCCAGAUCGCAGAGUCCGACGAGCCCCAGCGAGCCUGUCAGCCGCCGAGUCGGCCGUCGGUGAGCGAGAGCCAGUCCCCCAGCAGCACCAACUACUUCAGCCCCAGAGACGGGAGCAGCUUCGGAGGAGGUGGAGCAGCCGCAGCGGCGCCUUCGCUGGAUGGAGGCAGAGCCAGCAACACCCCGAGCUACUGCACGCCGUCGGGGGGAGAGGAGCCCUUCCUUAUUGAGGAGGAGGAAGUGGAGGAGGAAGAGGAGGAGGCUUUAUACCAGCAAAGGAAGAGAGGAGGAAGAGGAGGAGGAGGAGGAGGCAGCAGGAGGAGGAAGAAAACAAACUCAAUGUUGGAGCAGGAGUUCGGCGUCAGCGACAGCUUCGGGGUGUCGUCGUAUCAGGACGGGGAGGAGUCAACGUUGCCGCCGCAGAAACGCCCCACCUACAGCCAGCCCAGCAUCAUGCCGCGCAAACAGUGGGUGGUGGUGAAAACGGAGCGCACGGAGGACGACGACCUGAUCGUGGUGUCCGGGGAGGAGGGAGGAGAAGAGGAGGAGGACGACGAUGACAGGGAGCUGGAGCUGGAACCAGAGAGGGAGAGGGGCAACUUCAACAUCUCUAACGUCAGGAGCCUCUCGGCCGAGCUGGGGCCCCGAGCUGAGAGCGACAUGGACCCCCAGCAGGUGGACUGCUGCCAGUCUUCGGAGGACUACCUCAAGUUUGAAGGCAGUUUGAUGGAGCAGACGUUGGCUCAGCACCUCCACGACAGCGUUGCAGGUGCGACCCAGAGCUCCAACCGCGCCGUGUCUGCGCUGCUGGGCCAGGUCCAGACCAGCGCUUCGGCCCGGGCCCAGCUCUUCCCCCUGGACAUGCAGGGGAACCAGAUCCUCCUCUACGGCCAGGCCUCCGGACUCUCCCUGGACGCCGCGCCGCCUCCGCUGGGAGUGGCGGGGCCCGUGAUGGGAGGGGCUCCCUACAAAGGUCCCGGUCUGGAGCACGGGGCCGUCCACCUGCAGGGGGGUCUGGGGGUGGACGGCUCCGACGGCGGGGGGAUGGGAGGGGGCUGCGGCGGCCCCGGGGGCUCGGCCAAGGUGUUCAUGUGCCACUGCGGGAAGUCGUUCACGCACAAGAGCAUGAGGGACCGGCACAUCAACAUGCACCUGGACCUGCGGCCCUUCCACUGCCCCGUCUGCGCCAAGAAGUUCAAGAUGAAGCACCACCUCACGGAGCACAUGAAGACGCACACCGGCCUCAAGCCGUACGACUGCCUCAGCUGCGGCAAGAAGUUCAUGUGGCGCGACAGCUUCAUGCGGCACCGCUCCCACUGCGAGAGGCGCGGCGGGCCGGGGGAGGCCGGCGAGGCCGGGAGCAGCGGAGACGGGGGGAGGCGGGGCGGGGCCGAGGACGGCCAGGAUCUGAUGUCCUCCCCUCACCUCCUGCUGGCUGCGGCGGAGGGGGCGCCGGCCGGUUUCCUGGGAGGAGGGACGAGGGGCGGGGUCUCCGUUUCUGCCCCUCAUCUCUCUGGUGCUGUUACAUCAGUGCAGCACGCCGCCGCCGCCUCCGCGCCGGGAAGCGGCCGCAGCAACAGCGCCACCAUGGCUGCUGCGGGGGCCUUGCUGGGGGGGGUCUCUCAGAGUCCGGGUCAGGACGAGGCCUCCGGGAUGUUCGGAGGGCUCGCGCUGGCUCGAGGCGUGUGCCACGAGGACGUGUGUGAAGUCAGUGCCGACGAAAGUAGCGUGACUUAAACCAAAGUUGUCUCACAAUCCAACGGGUGCCUCCCUCCGAGCGCCUCUUCUGAUUCCUGCUGCUGUUCUGUAAAUAUUUGUACAUAGUUUUAAACGUGGAAGAGGUGCGGGACUGUUCGGAGGGACUUUCAGCCGGAGGGAACCUUCCUGAGAAGAUUGAAGGUCGAGACUCGAAGGACCUGCAGGUUCUUCGAUCCGAGUUACCCAUCACAACAUAAAAAGAGUUUAAAAGUGGCCUCACGAAAACGGACCUGCUGUCUCUGAGUAAGCUACGGUUUUAAAUGUCUGAGAUUGUUAUUAAAGUUUAUUUUUGCUGUUUCUGUGGGAGAAUGUACAUUUCUUAAGGGGAAGCCAAAAAUGAAAAGACACUGCCUCGCUAACUUGUACCGUCUGUGGGAACACAGUCAGUAGAGUAGAGAAACCACUUCUAACUCGCUGUGACUUUCUGCAGUCUUGUAUCGUGACCUUUGCUGUUAUCACAUAGAAAAUAACACAAAUCUGCAAUUUAUUUAGUUUUUUAACAGGAAAAAGGAUAUGAACAAAUUUCAGAUGUGAAACUUUCUUUAACUGCCGUUUAAGUUUGUUUCUGUGUUUUUGUCCCUCAUGCUCAUAGUAUGAAUCCACCUCCACAGAAACAAAAACCCUGAUAGUUUUAUAGCCGUUUUCACAUUUUCUCAUUAUUAUUCAGAAAAGUAUGUUUUCGGUAUUAUUAUUAUUAUUAUUGUAAAUAUAAAUAAAUAUAUGUGAGUCAGUCAUCAGGCUUGAGACUUAAUUUUAUUAUAACAGUUUUUAAUGGGUUGUGGAGGAAGUAUUUGACCCCCCCUCCCCACCCCCCAAAAAAAAAGAACCACAGGGCAUCAAA